ACUGCAACAAUCGAUCGAUUUUAACCAAAAUGUUUGGCAUUUUCAAAGCUUUUUAAACUAUACGAGUCUCGACUUGCUCUCAGAUACUUUUUGGGCGCGUUUCGAUUCGGAUAUCGGUCGGUGAUAACAAUAUGGGUAACUUUGACGGCGAUUCUGGAACGGUUUUCGAGCAGAGCUACGCGACCACAAAUGGGGCGAAUGGAAAGCUGCCGAAUGGAAAUGGAGCCGCAAUCGGAAGCCCCAGCAAUGGGGGGCUGAACUUGAACCACGCGGAGGAGCCACGGGGGGAGGCGGAGCCCUUCCUCAGCCAGCGAAAAUUUUCGGCGCCCGCUUACACGGAAAUUCGCACGCGCCGCUGCAACGCCAACGCCGCCGCCGAGGCCAAGAAUCGCUCGCCCAAUUACCAUCCAGAGAAGAGGUCUAUCGCCAAUGGACAUGCCAAGGUUCUGCGAGAUCACGAGGAAACGCAGCCCAAUAAGGUGGAGGGAAUACUGUCUCCGGAGGUGGAGCAUUCCCAGAAGACCUCCUUCGAGGAGGUACCGCUGCACACGGCCUGCCUGACGUACUUGGGAUUCUACCUGCUAAUGAUUCUGGGCUACAUCAACCAGCUGCUCUUCGUGCCCAAGGUGGCCACGGAGAAGGGACGCGAGGGCUACGUCACUCUGUACGAUGCCUUUGAGAGCUUCUACUCGAGAUAUGUUUACCGGAGGAUCAAGGAUUGCUGGAAUCGUCCCAUCUGCAGUGUCCCGGGGGAUGAGCUCACCCUGAAGGAUCGCGUAAGCGAUGACUAUGGCUGGAGCUUCAAGUUCACCGGAACUGAGACGCGCUGUUUGAAUCUGGGUUCCUACAACUACCUGGGAUUUGCGGCCGCCACAGGACCCUGCGCUGAUGAGUCGGAGGAAAAGGCCAGGAACUUUGGAUUAGCUUACUGCAGCUCCCGCUGUGAGCUAGGCAACAACGAGCAACUCCAAGAGCUGGAGAGCCUUACAGCCAGAUAUUUGGGAGUGGAAGAUGCCAUCGUUUUCGGCAUGGGUUUCGCCACGAAUGCCCUGAAUCUUCCUUCGCUUCUGGGGCCCAACUGUCUGGUGAUCAGUGACGAGAAGAACCAUGCUUCCAUCAUCCUGGGCCUGCGUCUGUCCGGAGCCACCACCAAGGUAUUCAAGCACAACAACAUGCGGGAUCUAGAGCGAGUUCUCCGUCAGGGUGUGUGCUACGGCAAUCCCAAGAACGGAGGCAAGCCAUACAAGAAGGUGAUGAUCCUUGUGGAGGGCAUCUUCAGUAUGGAGGGUUCCAUAGUCCGUUUGCCGGAAAUUAUUGCGUUGAAAAAGAAAUACAAGGCCUACUUGUAUCUUGAUGAAGCUCACAGCAUUGGAGCUAUGGGAUCUCAUGGCAAAGGAGUUACGGAUUAUUUUAACGUGGAUCCCAAGGAUGUGGAUAUACUGAUGGGCACUUUUACGAAGAGCUUUGGCAGUGCCGGCGGCUAUCUGGCGGGAACAAAGAAACUGAUUGACUUUCUACGCACGAAUAGUCACGCCCAUUGCUACGCCAGCUCCAUCUCGCCGCCCAUUGCCCAGCAGAUUAUGACCUCCAUGAAGACCAUAAUGGGUGAAGAUGGCACCGAAAUUGGCCGCAGGAAGAUCAUGCAGCUGGCCAGGAACACCCGCUACUUCCGCCGUCGUCUGGCUCAACUGGGAGUGAUUACUUAUGGCCACGAGGAUUCGCCAGUGGUGCCCAUGCUGGUGUACCUGUUCUCCAAAAUUGGCGCUGUCGUUCGCACCUUGACCACCCGCCACAUCGCAGUGGUGGGCGCUGGCUUCCCUGCCACACCCAUCAUGGAGGGACGCAUACGCUUCUGUCUGUCGGCUGCCCACACCAAGGAGCAGCUUGACUAUGCUCUGGAGGCGAUAGACGAGAUCGCCGACGAUCUGGGCCUGAAGUAUUCCAACAAGCCACGCGAUCCGAAUCCCAUUAUAUACUAGGAGGACUCACAAGCCCACUUUAGGAGAUAAGCACGCGUAAUGGGAUGCUACGAUUCCUCGCAGCCUUCCAGAUUGUUAGACCAAAACUAAGAACACAGUCCACAAAUUGCUAGAUGGGUCUCGUUGCACACUGGGCUUUUCUGAUUUGACUAACUCCCUUGGGUAUAUCCAUCGGAGGGGAGAACAAGGAACAAAACACAGUACAGCACAUAGCUUAAAUGAUAAACUAUUAUUAAUUAUUUAGCAUUUACCUCUACGUAGUUGUUAUUGUAAUUGUAAGCUCCAAAAUGUCUUCUUGAUCGGUCUGCAAACACAUUGAGUGUAUUUAAAAAUGUAUUAAGAGCCAACCAACCAGGUCAGGUUUUGGUUACCUUCAGAGCUAAGCUAAGGGAAUCCCCUUUAUCGUGGGACAGUCGAGCACCUCGCUUCUACCAUUUAAGCAUUUUCAAGCUACUAGCGAUAGCGUAUUAAUUUGUGAAGAAAGCAUCACCUAGCUGGGCCUUAGUGUGGCCCAAGAGUCGGGCCGUAGAUCCACAGGGCUUUAUUGUCAGGAACGUAUAUAUAUAUAUGUAUAAUGAUUAUGUAUUAAUGAUUUUAUUUUUCUAUCAAGAAAUAAAGAAUUGUUGCUUUAUGUAUUGUAA